AUGUCCACCGACGUGCAGCUGCCCGAAAACCUCUCCAGCUAUUCGUCGACGCAGAGACAGCGUCAUCAUUCGGCAAACUCCGACGAAUCGAGAUCCGGAUCGCCGUCAUCUCCCAAACCGGCGUCCCUGAACGCCAACAGCUUGGCCGCGUCCGCUCUUAUGCUGCAGCAGAUGUAUCCUCAUUUCCAGGAUCGGAGACUGCUCGAUGAACAUCAAUCUCCCACGAACUUCAAUGCAGCUGCCCUCUGCGAUCAGUUCUGCAAUGUCAUCAAUGGCUUUCGGGGAGGGCCAAACUUCCAGGACCCUCGAAAAUCGCCCGGAGUCCCAUGCAGUCGGCCUUCCGUAGACGCUACUGAGUGCAGACUGAUCGAUUAUCGCGGCGAAAAAGUUGCGGCGUUCGCGUACCAGGGCGACUACCUGCUUUGCCUACCACAGGCGUUUGAACUUUUUCUCAAGCACCUCGUAGGUGGCCUGCACACCGUCUAUGCCAAGCUCAAGCGACUUGGCAUCAGUCCGAUCGUUUGCAACGUUGAGCAAGUGCGAGUCCUGCGCGGUCUCGGAGCAAUCCAACCCGGUGUCAACCGCUGCAAACUGCUCGCCUGUAAGGACUUCGACGUGCUCUACAAGGACUGCACCACGGCGAGGCCGGGAAGACCUCCUGGAAGAGCUUCACUGGUGGGGCUUAGCGGAGUUGGCGCGACAAGCCCCGCCGGUCACGGAGGAUAUCCACCUUUGAUGUCAGUGGGAAAAUCUGGGACGACUCAUUCGAAUCUCCCACAUUCAGGCAACCCGUUCGGUUCAGAGCACCACACAGCUCUCGAACAAAACGCAGCUGGUUUCGAAUUCCGCCGAGAGGCUCGAGAUGGCGAUGAAAGUAGACAGCCCUCUGAACGGCAGAGCCCACAGGAGCACGCAAGCCGAAACGAACACCCGAACCAUCUGAAGCAAGAACUUCGGAGCGACGAGGAAACACCGACCCCAGGCAUGAUCGGGAACAACCACGACAGCGAAGGGAUGAACAUACAGGCCAUGCUCUUUAAAGCUAUGUGGAAUCAACAACAAGGUCCCGGUGCGCAGGACAACAAGGGACAAGGGUUCCCUCAGGGACUGGCCCUCGCGAAUUUGCCCAGACUGGCGAACGGUCCUGCUGGACAGCAGUUUGCCGCCAUGGAGCUCAUGAUGGGCCUGCAGCACAACCCACAUGUCGCCGCUGCGGCCGCCGCGUACCAACAACAGCUGCUGCAGGCGGCUUCGUUGGCCCAGCACAUGAAGGGCAAGGAGAACGGAGCCGAGCGGAACAGGUCGAGAUCUCCCGAGCUGAAAACGAAAGAGUUCCGAUCCCGGGAAAGCGAAAGUCCUGCCACGGGCGGCCACCAUCAACGAAGCGAUCACCACCAGUCGAGAAAGAGUUCGUUCGAGAGCGCGAAGAAAAUCCAGAACAAUAACAACAAUAAUAACAUAAACUCGACACAAGUAUCUCCAAACGCCCUCGCCGACGGCAACGCGCUAAACCUGUCUUCGGCCAAGGACAAGAAAAGAUCACGUUCAGUCAGCAGUGACGAAGGAAGCCUUUCCGAUGGAGCCCUUAGCGAGCUCAGCGGAAAUUUAGACGAUGACACCUCGAACUACGGAGACGAUGACGAACUAGAGAAGGCGACACAUUCUCCGAAGCGCGAUCGUGAAGACGCACUGUCUACCUCCAGCCGAGACUCCGCUGCCGGUGUUCGCGUAAUGCAACAUGCCAACGGACUCGAACGCCACGCUAGGGACAGCAAUCACAGUGUCCCCACACCGAUUACUCUCAUGCAGCAGCAUCUUUCCAUCGAUAGGACACCUCCACCCAGUUCACCCACUCAUUUAGGCGGUAAUGCUGGCGGUGGCGGCGGCAGCAGCAGCACGGCCACCGCCAACCUCCCUAACGCGAGGCUCCAUCACCACGGAAACAAUGUGCAUAAUUCUGUUGGAAGCCCAGUCGGCUCAAUCGAGGCGCUCCUUCAGAAUAUUCUCGGCCUGCUAAAAGUGGCCGAAGAGAAUGCCAGAACCCAGGAGCAGCAGAGACACAUGGAGAAGGCCGAACUCAAGGUGGAGAUCCUUCGUGAGAGGGGCAUCCGAGAGCAAUUGGAGAAGCAACUGCUGGAGGAACAGAACCGACGGAUUUUCUACCAGAAAAGAUUGCGACGCGAAAAGAGAUGCCGUCGACAAAUGCAAGAGCAGAUCGACAACAAGCGUAUCAAACUCGCUUCGGAUUCGGUCGACGAAGAAAAGGGCGAAGAUUCGGAAAGGGUUUCCAAGGCGACCGCUGCUGCCCCUGUCGAGAGUCCAUCGACUGUAAAUCUCAACGGAACUCUACCAUCGUCGUUAGAGCCGGCGCUUUCCGCGAUGGACGCCGCCGGCGCGUCGACGGUAACCGAAAGCCACGCCCGAUGAAAUCUGAUGGCCAGCGAUGACGAUGAUUUCG